AGCAACCGGAAGUAACAUUAGCCAGCGCGAAUUUGUCGUCCCUCGAAGUUGUUGCACCUCAACCUCUAAUGAAGGUUCAUUGAAAGAAAAAAAAAAAAGCUUAAACGACACUUGCAUGCAAAGCAAUCAGCGUCUGUCCGACAUUUAAAGACUAAAAUAAAAAAAAAAAUGGCUGAACUAAUGGACGGAGACCUGGAAGAUGGGGAACUCUCCGGGUCCAGCUCGGACAAUGAGAUGGGAACCCGCGGAGCGGCGCAAGCCCCAGCUGCUGCCCGAGACUCGAGCGCUAUCAGCGGGCCGCGUCCCGCCACCCAGCCGCCCCCCGCGGCGUACCGGAGCUCGGCUAAAGCGGUGCAGUCCAGCGGGAGUGACUCGGACUCUUCAGACGAGGAGGCGUCCGUGUGGCGCCGGAAGCGCCAGAAAGUCUCAAACGCUCCUUUGCCGCCUGCGCGCCCCGCCCGGCUGGUGGCUCCGCCUGUGCCCGCCCCCGCCGGCGCACCUGGGAGCCGCAAGGUGAACAACAUCUGGGGCUCCGUGGUCCAGGAGCAGUGCCAGGAUGCAGUAACCGCAGAGCUGGGCAUAUUUGGCAUGGAGGGUGUGGACAUGUCCAGCAGGAGCGUGGAGACGUAUAACUUCGUCCUGGCCCGGAAGAUCAUGGAGAAAGAGAGGGAGUUGGAGCAGCUGUCCAAGCAUGAUGAGGAAGUGAGCAUGCUGGACGCUGAGCUGGAGGACUACAUGAAGGGUGAGGAGAGGGCUGGGGGGGACGCCAAGAGAAAAAGGCCAGCCAAAGAGAGACUGGGCUCCCGAGCUGAGAUGGACACCAAGGGCCGAUACGAGAUCACAGAGGAUGACCCCGACGAGAAGGUGAUCGAUGAGAUUGCCUACAGACUACAGGAGCCUAAAAAAGAGCUGAUGGAGCGCGUCGUCAAAGUCAUCGGCAAGCAAAAAGCCAUCGAGCUGCUGGGAGAGACCGCCUCGCUCGAGGAGAGCGGCGGCGUGUACACCAUGGACGGCAGCAGGCGGCGGACGCCGGGCGGAGUCUUCCUCAACCUGCUGAAGAACACCCCCAGUGUUUCCAAGUCUCAGAUGAGGAAGAUCUUCUUCGAGGAGCAGCAGAAAGACAACAAAAGCAAGAAGGCGGCGCAGAAGAGGAGGAGACACGUGCUGGCGAAGAAGAUGAAGCAGGCCAUCGGCACACUGAACCUGCAGGAGCACGAUGACGUCUCCAGGGAGACGUUCGCUAGUGACACCAACGAGGCCUUGGAGUCGCUGGAAGAGCCUGCAGAGGAGGAGGAGGCGGAGGGGAAGGAGGAAGCUGCUGUGGGCACCGAGGAGACCGCAGUGAUCUACAACUCUGCCGACCUGGAGGUGUUCUGAAAGUGGCCUGACAAUCAAAACAGCUGGAACUGAGCUGGCACCGUAAUGUUUAUCAUUUG